CGUGAAUCCCAUAUGUUAAUUGGCGGGAGAUUUCUUCAUUUUUCCGAAAUUUUUCUAGGGCACAUCUUCCAGUUGUGGGAGCACGGAGACUCUCUCUCUCUCUCUCUCUCUAUCUCUCUAAAAUUCUCUCUCUCUAUCUCUCUAAAAUUCUAGGGGAAGCUUGGUGGUUGCAGAAGCAUUCGCCAUGGAGGAUGCAGCCCAACCUUCCGAAAUCACCACUCGCCGCUCGAAGAGAGCUAGGGUUCCUGCUAAGACCAAAUUCGGAGAGAACCAGAGCCAAGACAGGACCAGCGAACCCAGCGAUCAGAGCCCUAGUGAGGCGGACCGAGAGGGAUCCGUCGAUGAAUUCGUCGAACCUCGCGCAAGGGCUAAGAGAAAUCGAACAGAAGGGUCCUCUACCGCGGCUAAGAAAUUCGACCAGAGCUUGAUUGAGGUUAUCAAAGGAAAUGGAAAACUCAUUCCUCAAGUGGUAAAGCUUUGGGUUGAGCAAUAUGAAAAGGAUCCAAAACCUGCAAUGGUUGAACUCUUAAUGAUGCUGUUUGAGGCAUGUGGAGCUAAAUAUCAUCUCAGAGAAGAGCUCCUGGAUGAGACUGAUGUUGAUGAUGUAGUGGUUGCUCUUGUCAACCUGGCUAGGAGAGGGGAAGCUGAAGAUUAUCAAAGUUCAAAAAAGAAGGAGUUCAAGAACUUCAAAGAUAACCUUGUAUCAUUCUGGGACAAUUUGGUCAUUGAGUGUCAAAAUGGGCCAUUGUUUGAUCAGGUUCUGUUUGAUAAGUGCGUGGAUUACAUAAUUGCGCUGUCCUGCACUCCUCCAAGAGUUUAUCGGCAAGUUGCUUCUCUGAUGGGUCUCCAGCUUGUGACAUCCUUCAUCACUGUUGCUAAAAUGCUUGGUGCACAACGAGAAACUACUCAGAGACAAUUAAAUGCUGAAAAGAAGAAACGAACGGAAGGACCUCGUGUGGAGUCACUGAAUAAAAGGUUAUCAACAACACAUGAAAAGAUAACAGUAAUAGAGGAGAUGAUGCGCAAAAUUUUUACCGGGUUAUUUGUGCAUCGAUAUCGUGAUAUUGAUCAGGAUAUUAGAAUGUCAUGCAUACAGUCUCUGGGUGUAUGGAUUAUAUCAUAUCCAUCACUGUUCUUGCAGGAUUUAUAUUUAAAGUACCUUGGAUGGACAUUGAAUGACAAAAGUGCUGGUGUCAGAAAAGCUUCUAUCCUUGCAUUGCAAAAUCUUUAUGACGUGGAUGAUAAUGUGCCUUCUCUUGGCCUUUUUACUGAAAGAUUUUCUAACCGCAUGAUUGAGCUUGCUGAUGAUAUUGAUGUUUCUGUGGCUGUUUGUGCCAUAGGGCUUGUAAAACAACUACUAAGACAUCAACUUUUAGCUGAUGAUGACUUAGGUCCCUUGUAUGAUUUGCUUAUUGACGAUUCAACAGAAAUAAGACAUGCCAUAGGAGCACUAGUGUAUGAUCACUUGAUUGCUCAAAAAUUUAAUAGCUCCCAAUCUCACGCAAAAGGUGAUGAUGGAGAUUCUUCUGAGGUUCAUCUUGGUCGAAUGUUGCAAAUUCUGAGAGAAUUUUCAGCAGAUCCAAUUCUUAGUAUCUAUGUCAUUGAUGAUGUUUGGGAGUACAUGAAUGCUAUGAAAGAUUGGAAGUGUAUUAUCUCCAUGCUUUUGGACGAGAAUCCAUUGAUUGAACUUACUGAUGAGGAUGCAACUAACCUAAUUCGACUUCUUUGUGCAUCUGUUAAAAAGGCUGUAGGAGAGAGGAUUGUUCCUGCUACUGAUAAUCGGAAACAAUAUUACAAUAAAGCUCAAAAAGAAAUAUUUGAACACAACAGACGUGACAUAACUGUCGCCAUGAUGAAGAAUUAUUCACAACUUCUUCGCAAAUUCAUGGCUGAUAAAGCAAAAGUACCAUCAUUGAUUGAAAUUAUUUUGCACAUGAACCUUGAGCUUUACUCCCUGAAGAGACAGGAGCAGAAUUUCAAGACCCUUCUUCAGCUCAUGAGGGAGGCAUUUUUUAAACAUGGUGAGAAGGAUGCUUUGAGAUCUUGUGUGAAGGCUAUUAACUUUUGUUCCAGCGAAUGUCAAGGAGAACUGAAAGAUUUUGCCCAAAAUAAGCUGAAGGAACUUGAGGAUGAGCUUAUUGCUAAGCUUAAAACUGCAAUAAAAGAAGUUGCGGAUGGUGAUGACGAAUACUCCCUUCUUGUAAAUUUGAAAAGGUUAUAUGAACUUCAAUUGUCGAGAUCUGUACCCAUUGAAAGUUUAUAUGAAGAUAUGGUCAUGAUUCUUAAAAGUUCCAAAAGCAUGGAUGAUGAGGUUGUCAGCUUUCUGCUUCACAACAUGUCUUUGCACGUAGCCUGGUGCCUGCAUGCUAUCAUAAAUAGUGACACUGUCUCUGAAGAAUCUUUAUCAUCUCUUUUAUCAAAGCGCACUACCUUGUUUGAGCAACUUGAGCACUUUCUUCACGCCCACACUGAAGUUCAAGAGGAGGGUAAACGUGCAAAUCAGCCAGCUUGCAGAGUGUGUAUCAUACUUGCACAAGUUUGGUGUCUUUUCAAAAAGACAAAAUUUUCUUCAACCAAACUGGAAAGUUUAGGGUAUUGUCCAGAUUCAUCUGUUCUUCAAAAGUUCUGGAAACUUUGUGAGCAACAACUCAAUAUUUCAGAUGAGACAGAAGAAGAUGAUGUGAAUCAAGAGUAUGUCGAGGAGACAAAUAGGGAUGCAGUCAUGAUUGCUGCUGCAAUGUUGGUUGCUACUGAUGUGGUUCCUAAGGAGUAUCUUGGUCCAGAGAUCAUUUCUCAUUUUGUGAUGCAUGGAACAAGCAUAGCAGAGAUUGUUAAGAAUCUGAUAGCUGUUCUGAAGAAAAAAGAUGAUGAUGUCCCCAAUAUCUUUCUAGAAGCAUUGAGAAGGGCCUACCACCGCCAUCUGGUGGAGCUUUCCAGAAGUGAUGACACGUCCUUGGCAAGCAAGUCUGUUAAAGAUUGCAAAGAUCUGGCUGCUCGGCUUUCUACAACAUUCAUGGGUGCUGCUCGAAACAAACAUCGAUUGGACAUUUUAAGAAUUGUCAAGGAUGGUAUUGAUUAUGCUUUUGUAGAUGCUCCAAAGCAGCUCUCUUUCUUGGAAAUUGCUGUACUCCAUUUUGUAUCCAGACUUCCUACAUCUGAUGUCCUGGAAAUUCUAAAGGAUGUUCAAAAACGAACGGAGAAUGUAAAUACAGACGAAGAUCCUAGUGGAUGGCGCCCUUAUUACACGUUUAUUGACAGCCUACGUGAGAAGUACUCAAAGAAUGAUGGAUUCCAAGUUUCGGUUGCAGAUGAAAAAGAAGGUACUUCUGUAAGACGCCGAGGUCGCCCACGCAAACGGCGUAAUAUACAGGGCAAAAAACUCUUUGAUGAUCACAGUUCAAGUGAAGAAGAUUCAAUUAGUGCAUCAGAUGAUGAUGCUCGAGAUGAUGAAGAGAGGCAAGGGGAAGAGGAAGAGGAGGAAGCUCCUUUGAUACAGUCUAUUAGAUCAUCAGCCAAGUUGAGGUCAUUGAGAGUUUCAAGAGAGGAAAACAAAGGCCCGACAAAGCCUGGAGAUUCUGGAAGAGCAACAAAUGCUAUAGCCGCUUCCAGAACAUCAGGGGCCUCCAGCUAGUGCUGUUCAGUUUUAAUCUGCGUAUGAUCAAGUAGUUCUACAGAGCUGAAGCCCACCCUCAUCCUUUAUACAGUAAAAGCGUGAACCUACAGAUGCUGGGCUCAUGGCAUCUCCAUGAACCUACUUGAUGUCACACCAUGUAUAUGUCACAUAAAUUGAGGAAAAGGUUUCCUACUGGGGGAGCUGAUAUGUUUCCUUAAAUUUGUGAAAAUAUAUAACAUUAGGAAAGUUUCAGGUGUAGUGGUAGAGCUUGUAUCCUGUUGAAUUUGAAAGAGAACGUCUGUAAUUGUAGUCGACUUUCAGGUGUAUAUUAUCUGCUCAAUGUCCAUUUGCCAUCCAUCUACUUGUCUUCUUUGCAUGAACCCUGUUAAACCUCACAUGGUCAGUGAAUUACCCAGGACCUUACAGAGUCUGCCUUCCAGAAAGUGAGUGGGUGGUCUUAUGGAGGUGCAAGCCCUCGAGUCAAAAGACCAGAAAAGGUCAGGUUGAGAGUAGACAUAUGGUCGGUCCUCUAAGGAUAGGUACAGCCUGUCGUGCAUUUGGAGCUAGUCACUGAGUUGAAUAGUUAAUACUCCCAUGUAACUGAAAUUGGACACACGUCCUUCG